CGGGCUACGGCGAGCCCCGCCCCCGCCUGAACGGUGGCCGGCUGCGGGUCGGCGUGGGCCGCCAGCCCGCCCCGUCGCGGCUCCUCCCCCGGCCGGGACGGCUCGGCCUGGCACGCGGCGGCCAGACGCCCCAGAAGGAAACGCGCGGGCGGGGCAUGUCACUGGGCUGCGGCCCGCGGGCCGGAUGCGGCUCCGAGGCGCGGGCUUCCCGCCGGAGCAGCCUUCCUCGCACCUCGCACCCCGGGGCGGGGCGGGGCUUGUGCGUUCUACUUCCGGAUCCCACCGCGAUGACACCGGAAGCAGGAAGUGGGGAUUUCUGUCACCGGACGAGGGCAGGGCGGCCUCGGAGCCGGGACUUUCUCGGAGCCCCGGGGCCCUAGGAGCGCUCGCGGCCCGCCGCUGCCGCCUUUCUCACUCCAGUCCGACUCUGCUGACAGCCGCCGGUGUGUUGGAUGAGCAGACUGCCCCGCAAGAGCCCACCUUGCGAGAUGGUGCAGCCGAGUGGUGGCCCGGCUGGGGAGCAGGACGGGCUGGGUGGUGACACUUCCGUGGGAAAGCCGGCCAUGCCACACGUACCCACGGAGCACGCUGGCCCUGACACCUUCCAGCGCUGCCUGGAGGAGAACCAGGAACUCCGAGAUGCCAUCCGUCAGAGCAACCAGAUGCUGCGGGAGCGCUGCGAGGAGCUGCAGAGGGUGCAGGGCGGCCAGCGGGAAGAGAAGGACUUCCUGUUGCACAAAUUCCGGGCGGCUCGCGCGCUUGUGGAGAGGCUGCGCGCGUGCACACUGGAGCUGCGGCAGCAGCGCGCGCAGGCACUGCAGGAGCUGGAGCACCUCAAGAGAUGCCAGCAGAUGGCUGAAGACAAGGCGUCCGUGAAGGCACAGGUCACAUCCCUGCUGGGGGAGCUGCAGGAGAGCCAGAGUCGUCUGGAGGUUGCCACCCAGGAGCGACAGGCGUUGGAGAGCAAGGUACGGGCGGCCAGCGAGCAGGCCCGGCUGCUGGAGAGCGAGCGGGAGGCACUGGAGCAGCAGCACUGCGUGCAGUUGGACCAGCUGCGCAUGCAGAACCAUAGCAUGGAGGCGGCGCUGCGCAUGGAGCGCCAGGUCGUCUCCGAGGAGAAGCGGAAGCUGGCCCAGCUGCAGGUGGCCUAUCGUCAGCUCUUCCAGGACUAUGACAACCACAUCAAGAACAGCAUGGGGAGCAGUGAGCGGAACCGGGGAACGCAGCUGGAAGACCUGAAGCAGCAGCUGCAGCAGGCUGAGGAGGCACUGGUGGCCAAGCAGGAGGUGAUUGACAAGCUGAAGGAGGAGGCGGAGCAGCACAAGAUUGUGAUGGAGACAGUGCCGGUGCUGAAGGCCCAGGCGGACAUCUACAAGGCUGACUUCCAGGCCGAGAGGCAGGCCCGGGAGAAGCUGGCCGAGAAGAAGGAGCUGCUUCAGGAGCAGCUGGAGCAGCUGCAGCGGGAGUAUGGGCGCCUGAAGGUCAGCUGCCAAGAGUUGGCCAGGAUCGAAGAUUUGCGGAAGCGGCACACGGAGGCCUCACAGCCCCCCUUACCUUCAGUGCUCGAUCACCCCUUUCACCAGGUCCUGCCCAACGCCAGGAGCCCCCCUGAGGAGCCGCCUGACUUCUGUUGCCCCAAGUGCCAGUACCAGGCCCCCGACAUGGACACGCUGCAGAUCCACGUGAUGGAGUGCAUCGAAUAGGCCUGGCUGGCCGCGGGUGCUGCCCUGUCCCGGCCCCCUCUGGGUGGUGUGCUGCUGUGCCCACCUGCUGCAGUCCCUUCCGGGCGCGCGUGCUGUCUGUUGCCCGCCCCGGCGCACUCUGAGCUGCAGCUCUGCACCUGGCCUGACUCUGCUCAUUUCCUCCCUUGGCUUAACCACUUUCCUCAGUGCCUCUACUGCGCGCACAGCUGCUGGGGCUGUCAGGCCUUGCGGCAGGGCCCCUUUGGGGACCAGUUCCCCAGGCCACUGGCCGCUUCGUCACACCCUUGUCACUGGCUCGCAUUGCCCAGUGUCUCUGACUGUCUCCAAAGCCGCACUGUUUCCACCAUGUCCUUCCCCAGUGGGCUGGAGCCAUGCUCUGAGGAGAGGACCCCACAGUGGCCUUUUGGAUUUUGCUUGGACGGGCUGCUGUGUCCCUGACGCUCCUAUUCUCCCUGUUUCUUCUUUGGUUGUCACAUGCUCAGUCCCUCCACCUGCUCUGGGGCUGGGGCUGACAUGUGGCUUCGCUUCCUGCACCUGGGCCCACUGUUCACAGCGUGCUGCCUGCCUAGCCCAGCGGAGCUCCCGGGAGGCCCUGUCACACUGGCUUGGCCGUGCCUGCCGUCUGCACCGGGCUGCACCCUACCCUGGCUGUUCUGGACUCGGUUCGGUGCUGCCAAGUGCAGACUGGCCGGCACUGCUCUUCCCCUUGGCCUCUGCAGCCCAGGAGACCUAUGGGGCCACCUUGCGGGACUGCAUCGCAGGCAUAUGUGCUGUCCCUCUGGUGGCCACAGCAGCGACCGUCAUUGUGUUGUUUUCUUGCAAGGCUUUGGGACCACCUGUGUGUUUCCUGUGCUGUGCUAACAACCAUGAAUCUGGUGGCCUUA